GGGCUCGGGAGGGGAGGAAUAAAACAAAAGAUCGACGCGAAAUUGUUGCCAGUCGUCGUCGUCGCUCGCUCGUUGCAGGUGGUUGAUCUUCGCAGUUCGCGCUUUAAUUGUUUCCUUCUAUUAGAGAGAAAAUAUUCUGGUAAAUUGAAGAGUAAUCAUGAAGAGUGUUGUGGCUCUGUUGCUGCUGGUGGCAGUAGUUGUCACGGGGCAAGCUAUUUCCUUUAACAAAAUUCUGGAUGCGGAAUGGUUUAUCUUUAAGACACAUCAUAAAAAAGUUUACAAAUCCCCUAUUGAAGAGGGAUAUAGAAUGAAAAUUUUCUUGGAUAACAAGCGCAAAAUUGUCGAACACAAUCGUAGAUAUGAGAUGAAGGAAGUUAACUACAAACUUGGAAUGAACAAAUAUGGAGAUAUGUUGCAUCAUGAAGUGAUUAAUACUUUGAAUGGCUUCAACAAGUCGGUGGGUGUUAGCGAAGUAUUACAGUCUCCAGGAGCAACAUUCAUCGAGCCAGCUAAUGUUGAGUUACCAGCAGAAGUCGAUUGGAGAGAAAAAGGCGCUGUUACUGCAGUUAAAGAUCAGGAACAAUGUGGAUCCUGCUGGGCAUUCUCUUCAACUGGAGCUUUGGAAGGACAGCAUUUUAGACAAACUGGUAUUUUGGUUUCAUUAAGUGAACAAAAUUUGGUUGAUUGUUCCGGCAAGUAUGGCAAUAAUGGAUGCAAUGGUGGUUUGAUGGAUAAUGCUUUUCGAUACGUAAAGGAUAAUAGAGGCCUUGAUACUGAAAAGAGUUAUCCAUAUGAAGCAGAGAAUGACAAAUGCAGAUACAAUCCGAAAAACAGCGGCGCUUCCGAUGUCGGCUUUGUGGACAUUCCAGAAGGAAAUGAGAACAAAUUGAAAGCUGCGGUCGCCACCAUAGGUCCGGUCUCGGUUGCCAUUGAUGCCUCUCAUGAAUCCUUCCAUCUUUAUAGCGAAGGAGUUUAUUACGAUCCUGAAUGUAAUCCAGAAAAUUUGGAUCAUGGUGUCCUGGUUGUUGGUUAUGGCACAGAUUCGGAAACUGGUGAGGAUUAUUGGCUGGUAAAGAACAGUUGGGGUGAAACAUGGGGCGAGAAAGGUUAUAUUAAGAUGGCCAGGAAUAGAGAUAAUCACUGCGGUAUAGCAAGCAGUGCCAGUUAUCCUCUCGUUUAACGCUUGAUGCUAGUUACCAAGCAAAAUUUUUUCAACCUGUUGUAAUCUGCUUUAAACAGAUGUACUUAGGGACCUAAUAAAGUUUCGAGAUUUUUAUAAAAUA